GACUUGUUGUAUACGCCUAUAAAUAGGCCUCUAACCCCAUGUAUUCACCCAAGUUAUUUUUACUACACUGAAAUGCUGCCGAAUUCUCUACCCGAGUUAUUUUCUACCAACAUUGGUGCUUUCAUUGAGAGGCAUCUCUCAACUUUUUCGGUAGAAACUCGGAGAGAUUCCAGCAAAAGAAAAAAGUGAAAUUUGCCCAAAAUUAUAGAUAAUUCAUCACAAUUUCUGAAAAAUGCUCACGGUGCAUAGCAGUUACAAUCAAGGAGGAAAAAAGACUGAAAUUUCAUAUGGGGAAUUUCCAGGUCAGAAUUGGGAUUUUUGAGAUUUGGGAAAUAGGAACAUAUGUGAUAGGCAUGGGCAGCCUACGGCAGAAGGCCAUCAACGCAGCAACCAAGGCUGAACCAGGAGUACCCAAGCAGCACUGGAGCGGACGAACGGAGUAUCCAAACGGCGGAGUGGAAGGAGACGCUCGUCCGGAACUUGGCAGACACGGAAUCGCCUCACCUACUCCUGGCUUGUCUCCCAUCAAGCUUCUGCCAUUAAUGGCCGUUUGGGAGUUCCUGGGAGUGACGAGCGACCCCCAAGUGCGACGCUGACGAGGCCUUUCACCUUCAAUCUGUCUCCUCAAAUCGCACGAACCGAGGACUACACAAGCCCUCUGUGGAAGACCUACUGCAGCCAUGCGAGGGCUCACCCUCCGUCGCCGCACCAUCGCAGCACCCCAGAUCGCAGGUGGCUACUCCACCCUGGUCGCAGCGCCUUCGGCUCGAGCCCAGGCGGUUCCCUCUAUUUCGGCAGAUCUGGCGAAGCUUCAGUAAAGUCAGUUGGAUAUGAGCAGCCUGGAACUCCAUUUUGUUUUCUCUGACAGUAACACCAGGCGGCGAGGAUGAGUGCCCGCCGCUGCAAAUUCUGCAGACCUUAAUUUUGACCUGGUCAAAAUUCCACCGAGAGCUGGACUUCUUUUCUCCCGGGAGGGCUUGACUUCUUCAUCAAAGAACCGACUUCUUUCCCCCAAAGCAAUCCUUCGUGACCAAGCAAGCACUACAUCCAGAUUCGAGCAG